AUGAAACCUAUUUCGAAGAUUGUCUCACCUAAGCCAAACACCGCGGAAUCAAAACGGCAAUCAAAAAGAUCUUUUGGAGAAAAUGACACCAAAGCAAGGCACAACAUCUCUAAGAAGGAAUAUCAGAGGAACCCUCAACUGAAGCAUGCUUACCUCAGGGCUAGCCAGCGAGCGGCGCAAAUCAUGAAUCAUCAACCCGUCAUACAGUGUGUGGUCAAAAGGCAGACAACGGAGUUGAAAAGGUUUGACGUCGUAAAAUUUCAUAAAUUUUUCCUCAUCAAACCCGUCGUAUACAUCAUGGACGAGUACGAGCAAAUUACAGGAAACGCCGCCCAAAUUCUCGAGGAGGAAGAGACGCAAGAAGUUGGGGGAAACGUCAUUGUUCAGGGGAAAAACCUAUCUGAAAGCCGGCUAAUUGCAUUGGGCAAAAGCUUAGAUGAAGGUGGAAAGUACAUUAAUGGCUAUGAUCAUAAGGAUGUUAUUGCUGGCGCUGGAACGGUUGGCUUGGAAAUAAUUGAACAGUUUCCUGACGUUAAUGCUGUAGUUUUGCCGGCAGGUGGUGGAGGACUUGUUGCAGGAGUGGCUACUGCUAUCAAAGGAUUACGUCCCGAUGUGAAAAUUAUCUCCGUUGAAGCUGAUCGUUGUCCAUCAUUCAAGAACGCUCUUCAAGUUGGUCAUCCAAUCGAAACCUCCGUUUUACCGACUCUCGCCGAUGGCUUAGCUGUACCUGUAAUCGGUGUUAAUGCUUUUGCUACAGCUAAAGACAAAGUUGAUGAUGCGAUAGUUGUCGAUGAAAAAGCGAUCGGUUUGGCCAUCUUGCGCCUUGUUGAAUUGGAAAAGAUUGUGAUCGAAGGGGCUGGAGCUUGUGGAGUCGGAGCAUUGUUGUUAGGGAAACUCAAUCAAUUUAAAGGGAAAAAGGUGGUGACUGUGCUUAGUGGAGGCAAUAUCGAUACAACCCAAUUGGGGCGCGUAAUGGAACGAGGAAUGGCUUGGGAUAAUCGUCUUGUGCGCUUCAAGGUGAAUGUAUCAGAUCGUCCUGGUGGGAUCUCUGAACUGACGAAUAUCAUUGCCGAGAAUGGCGCUUCAAUUAAGGACAUUUUUCUGGAACGUUCCUGGAGUCGUUCUGAUGUAUUUACUGUGCGAGUGAAAAUUGUGGCCGAAACGCGUGACAUUGAUCAUCCUCGAGAAUUGGAUUAUGCUGUACAGAAACGAUAUGCC